AUGAGAUUCUGCAUAUCGUCCGAUUUUCUAGGCUGCAUCGGAAAUAGGUUCAAUGAUGAAUUCCUCGAGAGCACCAACAUUGUCCAGAACAAACAGUUGAACAAUAAUGUGACAAAUCUUGCACCUACAGCCUUCUUUGAGCAGCCUCAUGCUUUUUCGAGCUUACAUGCCGAAGCUCUUAGCCACAUGGAACACGAACGAGACGAACAUGUUAACUCAUCGACUGCUAAUUUGAGUGAUUUGCAGUUGAUUGUGAGCUCAUGUGGAGGCGAACAGUCAGCGGGAGAUGAUGACGACGGCUCUUGUGCUUAUUCUGUCAAGGGUUUUUGGACAGUUGAAGAGGAUAGAAAAUUGAUUAAGCUGGUUAGGCAAUAUGGACUAAAGAAAUGGGCUCUUAUAGCUGAUCAAAUGGAUGGACGAAUCGGAAAACAGUGUCGCGAGCGAUGGCAGAAUCACUUGCGGCCUGAUAUCAAGAAAAGUCUAGUUUGGACGGACGACGAAGAGAAGCUGAUAAUCUGGGCCCACGAGAAAUUCGGCAACCGUUGGGUCGAGAUUGCGAAGUGCGUACCGGGCAGAAGCGAAAACGCGAUCAAGAACCACUGGAACGCAACCAUAAGGAAACAAACGUCGAAAAGAAAGAUUCGAAAGCCAGAGAGACUUCGAGGCCUAGCGCAGUCGACCGUCUUGGAAGAGUAUAUCAAGAAGAAGUAUUUCGAUGAUAACGAAUCUUCUCCCUCGACCAACAUGGAAACCGAAAACAACAACAACAAUAAUAAUAAAAUUAAUGAUAAUCGUUUGUCGCAUAGCGAUAGCCUAAUCAAUGAAGACGGGCCGAGUUAUCAUCUCACGGCGUUGGAGACGUUCGAGGAGGAGAUGAACUUCAUGAAAAACCUAUUUCCUAAUAAGGACAAUGUUAUAAGCUGA